AUGACAAAGGUUGACGCUGUGAGCUCCGAGAGCACUGCAGACGUUCGCCGCUGGAGACGCGCUCAGAUCGUAGAGGAGGGCUCCACCGGGCGACUGCGCCUCAGCUUCGACGGCUUGUCGGAGUAUUAUGACCAGUGGGUCGAUAGGGACAGCCCCAAUAUCGCUCCUCCUGGGACCCGAUCAGGACAAGAGGUGGAGCGAUGGCGGCAGGCUCUCCAGCGCGGGAGCCUGGUGGAUGCUCUAGACCCUAACAACACGUGGACCAAUGCCACAGUCAUGGACACCAGAGAGCGGAUGGGAGCGCCUGUUGCUGUUGGCGUGGGGCCGAUGGGUGGGGACAGUGCUGGUGAGCGGCUAGAACUCCUGGUGAGCUUCCGCGUGUACCACCCGGACGGAGACAAGGAGGAAGCGCUGCUGCCCUACAGGCACGAGCUCCUCCCGGGAGAGACGGGCAAGGACCCCGGAAAUGCGGUCGAGACGCUGGACGCGUCACCCGCCGCCCGCCGGGAAGAGGAAGAAGCGAUGGCCGCGGCGGCUGCUCCCGGCGGGCUCCGGGGAGACGCGCCUGGAGGGAGGGUAUUGGCGGACCCCCUUGGCGCGGAAGGCGGUGGUGUCGCUGAAGCCGUUGUUGACGGUGUCGCGGCGCCGCUGGCCGGCGGGUGGGGCCUAGCCGGCGGGAGGGGGGGUGCCGGAGGCAACGAAAACGUUGGCGGGGGGGCGGAGGGCGGCAGAAGAUGCCGGCGGUACUUCGGGCUCGCGUCGAAGGACGAGUGGAUCUCGGCCUCCAGCUCCCGGAUAGAGAAGCUGAACUCUAGGGCGCCGUGGAAGAACUCUUGGACGGAGGAGGCACCGGUCAACGAUAAGGAAGACCCGUAUCUCACGGAGGACGGGACCCACCUCGUGUUCGCCGUGCCGCGCGCUCCAGUCGACGGUGCCCCCUGUCUGGUGGCCGCCGUAAACGCCUUUGGCCAAGCAGGCGGGUUCGAGAACUUGAUCGUGCGCCUCUCGCCCCCGGCCCUCGAGGAGACCCUCCCCGCGCCGCUCGCCGAAGCCCCGCUCCCGCCAGCGCCCCCUUCCACAAACACGCCUCCCGACGACACCGAAAACCCGACCCCGCCUUCACCGCCGCGGCCUCCUGUCGCAGCAGACGAGGGUAGUGUGGUUUCUUCGGUCACGGCGGCGACGGAGGGUAGCGGCAAGAAAGUGCGGGCGGCGGCGGCGGUGCCCCUGGAGGCUCUGCGCAGCGCGCUUGUCGCCGUGGCGUCGGUGCGGCCUCUGCUUGCGAGGAGGGUGGCGAGGGCGAUUUUGGGGCGGACGGCGACCGCUGUCUCGGCUGCGUUGGAGGGGGCUUCGGACUCGGAGCUCCGCGGCUUGUCGCGCGAGCGGGUAGAUGGGAUCGUCAACGGCUUCCGCGAGGUGUUGAAGAGAGGCCACAGGAGCAGUGAGGCGUACCGGCGGGUCGAGUGGUUGCAGCUCGACUUGGCGCUCAAGCUGUACAGGAAUUGGGAGUUGGUGGAGUGGCUGGACGACAACAAUUUUGUCAAGGCUCUGUUCGCGGGGCACACGCAGCUGAUACGCCGGAGCGGCGAUGUGGUCGGGUUCUUGUGCCGCGAGAGAGCGCUGACGGCGGGACACUUGGACAUUAUCUGGGCCGCUGGCGGUGGAGGGCAGGACAAGGACCGAAGAAUAUGCGUUCACGAGGUGCUUCGACCGUUUCUGUACCAGCUGGACAUGGCGCUCUUGGGGAGGCUUGUGGACAAGCUCAGUACGCAACCGCCGGACGAGGGCGGCGCGGCACUCUCCAUCCGGUUGUUGGACCUCCUGUGGGCAAUGGCAGACGACAGGUCUCCUUACCGUCCGCGCAUCAAGGCCAACGCGGCGGAGACCAUACUGCCGGUGGCAGGGCUGCAUGGACUCAGGGGCCACCGGGCGCAGACCCUGCAGCGUUGCGUAACGAACGUUGAGAAGGGCCGGGCUGUUGUCACUUCGCUCAAGGUGUUGGAGGCGGUUCUGCAGAACUACCCCAAGGAUGCCACGAGCUACGAAGCCUUGUCUAGGCGAGACGUGAUACACAACCUGGAGACUAAGAGCGGCUUGACGGAGCUUCUCCUGAGAGAACUGGAGAGCUACGUCGCCGGCUCGAGAAAUAGCACCCUGCCGGAAGACACCACGGACGGCAGUCUGGCUGCCGACCACAGUAACAACCCUCCUUCGCUUUCGCCGGUGUCGGCGGGUUCUGCAACAACCGCGGCGGGGGUUAAGGCCCGGCUGCACACGCUGGAGCACGUCUUCGACAACUCUCGCCUGGUUCUCAGCACAGAGCAGAUCAAGCGCCUCUGGGCGUGUCUCGGGCCCGGCCCCGGCCCCGGCCUGGCGGGGUCGACGCGUGGCGAGGUUUCCACUCUUCUCUCUUGGUUUUCCAAGGCGUGCGAGGCGUGCGAGGGGGAAGGGGGGGGCGGCAUGUUUGAACCCGGCGUCGCUGCAGAGCUAUUUCAGGAGCUGAUCGUGUCCGACGGAGAAAAGAGAGAAUUCGCCGCGACGAGCGCCAGCCCGGAGUGGUUCUCGUGCUUCCAGACAUUCUUCUUCAAGGUCAACCGGCAGUCGGGUCGCAUGCACGUCACGACUGCUCCCAGCACCACCACCACUAGCCCACGCGCCGACGCGGCUUCGACAGCAGGCCAGACGAGGGGCAGGGGCGGUGGAGACGACGCGGAGGGCAUGAUAGCAGGGAUGCGAGCUCUUUGGAAUGUCGCCCUAGAGGCUGAGGACGCGACGGUGGUGGACCAGGCCACGAGGCUUCUCAACCGAACUCAUCUGGAGCUGGCUCCGGGGCUGCGAGAUCGUGUCGGCGAGAUCCGCAAGGAAUACAUCAACACCUGCAUGGCCUACGUCAAGAAGGGAAGCGACGACAACACGGACUUGGCGGACAGCGACAACGACGCCCUGGCGACGCCGACCACUCCCGGCGAGUUGGCUAAGGCCCCAUCACCAUCACCAUCAUUGUCGUCAUCGUCAUCGUUAUCGUUGUCGUCCUCCCGGCGUCAGCGGUCCGUGGUGCGAGCCCUCCACCUGCUGGAAGAGUUUGUGGACGAGACGGAGAUGGGGGGCACCGUGUGGAUAAGGGGCCACGGGGCGAGGGUCAGGGGCGCCGAGGUGGUGCUCAACUUCGAAAACAAGGUGCCGGAGCCGAAUCGGAUGGCCUCGAGCUUCAAGGUCGAGAUGCAUACCAACAGUCAAGUCUGGGAGGUCCGUCGAAAGGUGGCCCACAGAGGCAAGAUGCCCGCGGAAGAUGUCGAGCUGAAGGUCAUGAGCGGCGAAACUGGUAACGGUUCGAGGAACGGCGGUUACGCCGGCGGCACUGAACGACGAAGCGUGAAAGCGUUGGAUCGGAGCAACUCCAGGCGGCUGGGAGACCUGGGCUUGCGGAAGGACGACGUGUGGGUAGUCUCGAGGAGGACGGGGCCAGCGGUGGGGCGUUCACCCCUCCUCGACGCCUCCGGGAGACUCAUUCCGAAGGCUCGGGCUAUCUUCGAGCAGUGGUUCCACAAGUUCGAGAACGCCCAUGGCGUGAUGGACCGGAUAGGCGCCGCGAGGUUCAUCGACAGCUGCUGCCAUGAUCAGUGCAAGCCCACGGAUGAGCGGGUCAACAAGUUCUUCAGGAACUACGACAAGACGGGCGACGGUUACAUGCGGCUGGAUGACUUCUUGAGGCUCUUCAGGGACAGCUGCAAGGAUCUGCCGCAUGUGGUGUGGAGCAACCUCAGGGCGCACCACUACAGGGACGAUCUUACGAGGCCCAGCGUCUACGAUCCCGCUACCACUGACACGGACGAAGGAGGGGAGGCGACUCCUCCCAAAGGCGACAACCCGUUCCGCCGCACCGCGAGCCAAUCCCAAGAACCAGACCUCCCCCUCCCCCGCACCAUCAUCUCGCGGGACCUCCCCAGCGUAAAGAACCUUCUCGGCGUCCUCUCCCUCGGAGGGGCCGCCGCCGCAGCCGCCUGGCGCUUCCUCAUGCGGCUCCCUACCAACCCCGAGAUGCUGAAGGGGAUACGCAUACUGGAAUAUUUACGGAGCGGGGGUGGGGGCGGCGGUGGCGACAAGUGGAAGGCCUUGCUCGGUCCGCCCGGGUCGCACGAGAUGCUCUACACGCUGCAGAUCGUGGACGGGGUGUUGGACUUCUUGGCCGGCGCGGGGGGGGUGGGGGAUGGACCCGCGGGCGGAGACAAGGAGGCGUUUGCUUUGGACGGGCCCGAGAGUCUCCGAGAGUGGGAGGGCGUAGACCCCGAGGAUUGGGUGGUGGGUUUCGUGCGCAGCGGCGGGUUCUCCCAGUUUUGCGAGGCGAUACUCACCAGGGGGCUAUUCGGCGACGAUCUCCCCGAGAAGAUGGUGGACACACAGCAGGCGUGCCUGGCCCUCAUGCUCAAGGUAGUCCGAGUUGUCCUCCUGGGUGUUCUUUCCAUGUCGACUAUGGAAAGGCAGCUAGACACUCCUGCGGCCACCGCCCCGUCAGCGCCUAUCCCUCUCGAGGAUUCAGAGGUGACGACAGCAGCAGGUGGCACCCCUGAAGGAAGAGGCGUCACCGUUGCUGAAGCAAGCCCCGGCCUCCCGAACGUAGCGGGGAAUACGCCGCCAACGGGAGAAGAUGCGCCGCCACUGUCUUCGCAGAGUGCGGCUGGCGCUAUUGCGGGCACCGCUGGCAGCAAUGACGUACCGCCGUCUGGUGGCUCAGACGGAGAUGGGCAGGCUUCGCCUGGGGUCUCAUCAUUCUCGGAGGGUGUGGGUGUGGCCUCCUCCGCCGACCCCGGGUCGCGUGAGAGGGGUUGCGGGCUGUGGGCGUGCUUGCCGAGGGACGUUACGGCUGCGGUGCUUGGGGCGAUGGAAGCGCCAGAGCUACAGGCUGACCCGCCCCGUCCAUCGGAGAGCGCAUCCGGCAGCACGGCCCCGCUAGACUUAUUCGGUUGGGUGGGAGAGGGGGCUCCCGCCGACGCGAUGGCACAGGAGGCGUUACGUCUCUGGGUGGGCGUGUCGCGGGCGCCGGCGAGGCGUCACGGGCGGCUGCCGCUGCCAUCCGGGGAGCGGCAGGCGGAGGGCGGAAAGGGAGUUCCCGAUGAUGGGCGUUCCUUUACGGCCGCGGGACAGGGGGCGGCGAUGGACGGGCCUAUUCUGAAGGCGAUUUUUUGCGCGAGCGACGCGAUUCGACUGCAGCUGGCGCAGUCCCUGCUUUCGGUGUGCGGCGGUACGGGGGGUCCCGUGGGGGGCACUGGAGGUUCUUCAUCGCCGGUGGAUGGCGCUGUGCCGAGCGGUGUUGCCUCCGGCAACACUGACGAGGAGACUGACGAUGGGGUGCUCGUGAGCCUUGGCAAAGGCGAAGGGAACGCCACCGCCGGAACGGGGUCCCCCGCACCGGAAGCAGGAGACGCUGCUUCGGCGGGAAUAAGAACGACCGACGGCCUGCGGGAGCACGUCGUGCGGCUGCUGCUCGCCAACAUGCCGAGGGCGGAGGGGGCGGGUGCUGGGCCGCGGCGACGGCGGCCGUCGGGAAGGAGGGACUGCACACAGCUGUUCGAUGUCUUGUGCUCUCUUGUGGAGGAAUCCAUCAAGAGUGCUGCUGGUGCUGCUGGUGCUGCUGCUUGUACGAUGGAGGCCGAGUACGACCGUCUUGACGUGGAUAGCCUGACGGCUGACGUGGUUGAACGGCUUCUUGCACACCCUUGCACGGAGAGGAGAGGCACCAGAGAGGCCGACCAGGAUACCCUCCUGGUUGGUCUCCUGAAGCUGGGAGUUACCAUUGUGGAGGCAUGCCCGGAAGCUGCUCUUCGAGUGGGAGAAGGACUCGUGGAGGCUCUACUAGAAGACUUCCUCUUCGCUCCGCCAGCCCCGGCCAGCACAGCCUUUGAGUCCCUGGCGCCGACCCGACCCAAGUGCAAGACGGUGGCAUCGCGGGCCAUGGCCUACAAGCUACUCGCGGCCCUUUGCCGGCCGCGCUUCGUGUCGCCCCCUGAAGGCGGGCGGGGUGGUGAUGAUACUGCGGCGGAGGGGAGUGGCGGCGCUUUCGACGCGUCGCACAACCUCCGGUUGGUGCUUGAGAAGGGGCUGAUCCCUCUGAGGCAGCUCUUGUCCAAGCCGGACGUGUGGGGGUACAGCCCGAGCUUGGGCGAGCGGAGCACCGUCGGGCGCGUGGGGCUACGAAACUUGGGCAACACCUGCUAUGUGAACUCUUGCCUGCAGCAGCUCUUCAUGAUGGAGCCGCUGAGAAACGGACUCCUCAGCCUCGGGGAGGGUGACACUGAGCCUGGCAGCCUCGUGGGGGAGCUGCAGAAGCUUUUCGGGCACCUGACGAUCAGCGAAAAGCAGGCUGUGGACCCCCUGCCGUUCCUUCGAACGGUGAAGGACCUUGACGGCAACCCGAUCGAUGUUUCGGUGCAACAGGACGCGCAGGGGUUCUUGCUAGACCUCUUCGACAAGAUGGAGGCGGGCCUGAAGAACACCCCGCAGUCCUCCCUCAUGUCAACCUUCGAGGGGAGGCAGAUCACACAGCUCAUCUGCCCGAAGCCUGCGGCCGCCGCCGCCCCCGCCGUACCUGAGACGACGACGGCUGCAGCAACAACGGAAACGCCGCCCCUUGAAGGAGAGCAAGAGGUGGAGGAGGGUUUCGACAUGAGGGAGAGGGGAGAGGCGUUCAUGUGCGUGAGCCUGGAGGUUAAAAACAUGGUCGGGGUGGAAGAUGCACUCGAGAAGUUCACGGAGAAGGAGAUGAUCGAGGGAUACGCUUGGGAUGACGAGCGGAGGGACGUGACCAUCUACAAGAGGACCGUUCUAGGGAAGCUUCCGCCGAACGUGGUGCUCCACCUGAACCGCUUCAAGAUGAAUCUCGACACCUUCCAGACAGAGAAGGUUAACACGCGAUUCGACUUCCCCACCCGACUGGACCUAGAGCCCUUCACGAAAGAGGGCAUGGCGUGGCGAGAGCGCGUGGAGGCUGCGGGGGGACGCGGGCCGGAGGACGCCAAGAGGCUUGGCUUGCCGGGACCGUACGAAGUCCACCCUCGGUCGUACUACACCUACGAGCUUCGCGGGGUGGUCGUUCACACCGGGACCGCAAACCAGGGUCACUACUUCAGCUACAUCCGAGACCCGAGGCAACAGCAGCAGCACGCUUCCUCCUUUGCCGAAGAAAUGGCCGAGGGCUGCAGCAGCGGCAACAGCAGCGGGCCGUCUCCCGCUAGCGCGUCGCAGCCGCCGGACGCCGAUGCGAGCCCUUCUACAGCGUCGCUGUCUACGGACGGCGCCGGCGUUGGGGAUGAUGAGUCGAAGGAGCCGGCGGCGGCGGCUGCCAGCGGAGGUACCGCUCUCUCGCAGCCGGAGGCCGGGGAUGCCGGGGCGGUUGGUGGUUCAGGUGUGGGCGGUAAGGGGGCCCCGCAGUGGUGCGAGUUUAAUGAUACCAUGGUGAAAGAGUGGGCCGUGGCGGGACGGAGAGCGGGAAGCGAAGGUGGGGAGGGGGGCAAGGAGGACGGCGGUGGGAGGAUUGGCGGGUUGUCGACGGAUUGCUUCGGCGGGCAGCAGACCAUGCAGGAGACGGACGAAUACGGCUGGCCGCGCACUCUCCGUAAGGACAACAUCCAGAACGCCUAUCUUCUCUUCUACGAGCGUGUUGACCAAUCUUACGGUGCGGGUUUCGAUACCGCUAGUCCGGAAGAGGAAGGGAAAGGAGGCUCUGGAGACCGGGAUCCAGGCAACCACGGCGAAGAAGUGGCGGCCCCCGCUACACUGGCAGAGAAAGCGAAAGCCGGAGUCGGCGGGGUUUCCGCCGCGGCAGCGGAGAUGGAGGCUGCGGCGGUGCCGCCUUCCGUUUUCCGACAAGUCUGGGACGACAACAACAAGUUCCUUCUCGACAGGCAGCUGUACCACCCAGACAUGUCUAACUUCGUGUUGGAUAUCAUCAAGGCUGUUCGACAGGUUGCCUCGGCCUCUCCCGCCACCACCGGGGACAGAACAAAGCCAUCCCCGGGUUGUCUCGCAGACACGCCUGCUGGCGCGCUUGAAGCGAAAUUUCCGAGAGCGGUUCCGCCGUUGUCGGAGGGUGUAGCAGUAGAUCUAGUGGAGGGGUUCUUGGAGUGGGGAGUGCGGUACCUUCUCGACAACCUGGCGCGCGCGCUCGACAACGAUGCCUUUGCUCCGUUGGUGGAGGAGUUGCAGGCGAGUCGAGGGCUGUACGACUUAAGGCCUGAAGCCGCGGGGGCAUUCCUCGACGCGGAGACGGAAGGGGGUAUGCAGGGGAUGCGGGAGAUGCUUCUACUGUGCCCCGACCGCUCCGUGCGGGUGGCGAUGCGAUCUUUCUACCUCCACCUGCUCGGCAUUCUAGCGGAGGCGGAGGGGGACAGAUAUCUUGACUACGACGACCCCUCGCCAUCGCAGCAGCAGCUCGACCCCUCCUUGUUAGCCGACCAAUCCCCCACCACCGAGGAGGGGGGCGGCACUACCACCGCAGUCGCCGGAACUCCCACCGCCACGCCGACAUCGAGCGGCACCGCUUGUGCUCUGGAAGAGGGGACGGAGAACGCCCUGUGGCCUGCAGCAGGGGACCAGGUGCAGCUCCAAGAGGAGAUGGAGGAGGAGAGAGGACGGUCGAGCACGCGACUGGGAAGGGUGGUGGCCGGCUGGGUCAGUCUUCUGCCCGACGCGGCCAGAUCUUGGGGGCGGUUCGAGCAGUUCUUGGAGGUGAUCGAGGGCGUCGGCAACAUGGGGGACAGAGAGAGGGAUCUGCUGCUCAACAGGCAGAUGGUGUGCCGGCUGGGCUCAUUCUUCUUGCAGGAGAAGAGCCCGAUGUACGACCCUCACAAGCGACUGCCGAGGAUGGGCCACAAGACAGCGCCGCCACGCUUCUCGCCGCUGGUGCGCUGCUUGAGGUCGCUGCGCGCCCACUCUGGCGAGACUUCUCGGUGGCAGCCGAGGGGAUCGGUGCAGGUGGAAUCGGACACGGACACUGUGUCUGAUAGCGAGGGGUCCCGCAGUGAUGACAGCGCAAGCAGUAUGAGAGCGGUCAAGUCGAUGCCGGUGGGGCCCGUGGCGGCCUUCCCAGACAGCGGUGCCGACGCUAUAAACGAGGAGGGCGGGCCCUUACCGUUGCCCCUGACGGCAUCAUUGGCUCCGAUAGACCGCGAGACUCUAGAGGCCACGUCCGGCUCGUCUUAUCCUGCUGCAGCUGCAGAGGAGGGGGGCGAUGCCAGGGCGGGGAGGGGCGAUGCGGAGGUUGUUGGGGUGCGGGGCAGCAGGGUGACCGCGAAAGAGCGGUCGAGGAGCGUGGCCUUGUCUCCGGGCUGCCGACGGUGCCUGAACUGUGAGACGCUGUACGAUCUGGCUUUCGAGGAACACCACGCACCGGAGGCGGCGGCCGAGCUCAUGUGCGCGUGGGCGGCCGACGCCUCUAAGCUGCUGCGACCGCUCUCCCGACUCAUCGUCCAAGGGGUCGACAGCACACCCUUCGCCGAUGUCGACAGCUGGCUGCUCGCCCUCCGGGCUUGGCUCGAGGUGGACGAUACCCUCAAGGUGGAGCGGUAUCAGAUGGUGCUGGGCACGGGCAAGCAAGAGGUGGAGCCGAAGCUCCUCCUGCUGAUGAUGUUGCAGCAGGAAAAGUACGACAAGUGGCUCUUCCGCGUGCUGAUGGUCGUCUCAGAGUUGAUGGUGAGACAAGCGAUCAGCUACACCCUCCUCACGACGUACUGUAAUCGUAGCGUGCCGGGUAAAAGAGCGGUGUUAUCGUGUUAUCGCGUCGCCAUCGAAGUCCAUGACAUGCUUCCCUGGGCGGACUGGAUGACCAAGCACCUGAUCGACACAUACGGCUCUGGGCGAGGCUGUGUUGGACCUCUUAGGGUGAAAGAGAUGGAUUUGAUCCAGAUCAAGGAAAACCUCAGCGCGUACGAGAAGGCCUACUUUGGCCACACGGCGGAGGAGCGUUUGCUUGACAUGACCAGGAGGGCCAGGAUCGGCCCUGCCGAGGGAGAACCGGGUGUUACUCGGGUGGAGAGCUCCACAAGCAACGGCGUCCAGGUGGAGAUGCUAGACGCGACAGACACGGCCAUGAUGAUGCCCGGCGCUGGUGGCGGAGGGCACCUGACGAUGGCGGGAGGAAUUCCCCUCAAGCGUUUCUGGAGGGUAACAAACCACCGGAUGGACAGCGUGACUUUCGCCUUUGAGAUUGAACCCACGCCGUCACGGCUGGACACAGUUUACCCUUCCCGCCGCCCCAACUACCACGUCCCGGCCGGGCGCAAUGUGAAGCUGCUCCUUAAGCCCAGAGAAACGGCGGGCAUCAUGGAAGUGGACAAGCUCGACCUCACCAGGGAGUUUCAACCGCACCCGUUCAGCUGGGUUUUCGAGACGCUACCCGAGACACCAACACCAACAGCAACACCGCCGGCAGCAGUAGCAGCAGCGGCGGCUGCAGCGGCAGGGGAAGCUAUUCCUACGCCGGCCCUGCCCACGGCACUGACGGCGUCCGACCUCCUCGAGAAGCAAGCCCAGCUCGAGGGCGACCUGGGGGAGGCGGCGAGGGUGGCUCUGAGGCUCGAGCAGGAAGAAGCCGCCGAGGCUCAGGCUGCCGCGAUCGCCGCUGCCAAGCGAGCGGAAGAGCACGAGCUCUCCCAGGCGGUCGCCGCGACCGCUUCCUCUCUCCCCGUGAUCCCGUACGAGGUGGUGUCCAAGGUCAAGGCGGACGGAAUCUCGUCCUCCUCGGAGGGAAAGGUCGGAGACGCGGGAGCGGAUGAUGCCGGGCGGAGGGCGAAGGACGAGGCGGAGUUUUGGGGAGUCAAGGCAGAGGCGGGGCCAUGGGUGGAAGACGAGGAGCACGGCGAAACCGUCCUGUUCUCUCACGAGGGAAGUGGUAGUGCUGACGGCGGCGGCAGCACGUCGGCCGGCGAGACGGCGGCCGUUCAAGAUGCGGACACCGCCGAUGGGAGUCAUGCCGAGGACGACGUCAGCGAUCACCGUGUGAACAUUUGAUGAGCUCCUGUAGUUUAUGGCCUUCUCUGA